AUGGGUAAGAAGAGCAAGGCGAAGAGUACGCCGACGGCUGCCGUGGAGUCAGCGCAAGCCACGCUGGAUCCAAAUGUGGUGGAAGUGGUACAGGAGCAGGUAAAGAAUCAGAAUAAAGAUGCGUUAGCCGAUGGCUUUGCUCAAAGUUCCGCUUUUUUUGGCAAAAAAUCGUCGCAAGCAUUAGAGGUUGUGGAGAAAGAGACGGGAAUAAUAAAGACAGUGGACGACAAGAAGAUUACGAAAAACAAGUCAAAGAAGGAUGAGAAGCAAAAAGAGCAGAAGACUGUGCAAAAUGGUGAAGAGAAAGCUGUUGAGAUCGGCGUAAAGAAGAAAAAGAGCAAGAAAAAAAAGAAGAAAGAAGAAAGUCAAGGAGAAGGAGAAGGAGAGAGAGAAGGAGAAACCACUCACGACGACCCGAAGGCGCGGCGUACCAUAUUUGUGGGAAAUGUGUCUCUGGAUGCCACUCAAAAGGACAUCAAGAGCCACUUUUCUGGAUGCGGCAAAGUUGAGAAUGUGCGUCUUCGGCAUCUUCCAAUUGCUGGCUGUGCAGUGGAUGAGGCGGGCAAUCAGAAGCUUAUGAUGAAAGUAUGCGCCAAUAAAAAGAUUUUGACUACAGCCAAAGAUAAUUGUAACGCCUACGUGACUUUUGCCGAGGAAAAGAGUGUAGAGGCCGCACUGAAGCUCAAUGGAUCGACUCUUGCUAACAAGAAGAUUCGUGUGGAUCGCUCCGAUCCUGUAAUUGAUGCCCGUCGAAGUGUUUUUAUUGGAAACGUGCCAUUCAAGUGCACAGAUGAACAAAUGCUGCAGUUUUUCUUAAAGCGUCUGAAGACUGAUGAAGAGCCCGAGCCAAUUGAUAAUGUGCGUCUCAUUCGUGACCGCGAGUCGGGUCUUGGCAAAGGCUUUGGCUACUUGCUGCUCAAAACUCCGGCUCUUGUGGCUAAGACGCUCACACUGCGUAAUCUCAAGAUGGAAUCUCGCGAGUUGCGUGUUCAAGUAUGUGGUAAACGCUUUAAAAACUUGCGAGGCGAGGAGACUGCUAAGGAAAAGCAUGAAGGGCUACGAGCUUCGGCUGGUGCACGGGCGCGUAUUCAUUUAAAGCGAAAAAGUGAUGGUAAUGCAGAUCGUCUGGUGGUAACGAAGAAGCUUAAGCGCGAGGCUACUGCCGCUGGACUUGGCAAGAAGCUCAAACCCAAACACGCAGCGCGCAAAGCAGCGAAAGCUGCCAGUAGCAGCAAACUUUCUAAGAAGCCCAAAGUUCGUUCUAGCAGCAAGGUACAAAAGCGACAGAUCAUAAAGCCAAAACAUGCUGCGCGAAAGGCAACAAAAAUUUAA